AUGGGUCGACGUGUGAUACAAGAUAUGUCAAGUUUAUAUGGUAUUAAUGCUGAUUAUCAACAAGUAUGGAAAAAUCUUGAAUCUAAUUAUGCUCUACAAAAUGGACUUGUACCACAAGAAGCAUUUACAAACUAUUUUAUAAAUCAUCCAGCUUAUGCAGCUGCUUUUUACAAUGGUGUACAAGUACCUAUACCACCUCCAUCUCCGCAAUUAUAA